AUGUCCCGCCGAUCAUCUAUAGACAGUAUGUUCACAACCGCCUCCCAGUUCGAGCCUAUCACACUCGAGGAUCGUAUCCGUAUUACAUUCGAAAUUGCAAACAUUUUACAAAAACAGGAAUUCUUGCGCAAAUUAGUCAAGUGUCUUAUGCUUUACGGUGCACCGGCCCAUCGCUUGGAAUACAUUCUCCGGGAAGUUUCUCGUACUCUUGGUGUUGAUGCAGAAUAUGUUUAUAUACCAAAUGUUAUGUUUUUAACAUUUUUCGAUUCAUCGACACAUACGACAGAGACCCAUUUUAUCAGAAGCCCUCAGUUAUUCGAUAUGCAUAAAUUGGGUGAAAUCUAUCGACUCGAAAAAUUAGUUUCUCAUGGCGAAGUAUCCGUGGAUGAAGCUUUGGAAUUCAUUGAUAAUGUCUCAAACGAACCUGCAUUCUAUCCUAUAUGGCUAAACCCGAUAAUAUAUGCUGUAGCAAGUUUUUGUGGUUGCGUGAUGUUUUACGGAGGCCAAUGGAAAGAAGGUGGACUAUCCGCUGCCAUGGCUAUUUUUUUUGCCUUUUAUGAGUUGUUUUCUGGACGUUAUAUGAGCUUUCAACCUAUUUGGGAAAUUACUGUUUGUAUAUUUAUCGGCUUUAUUUCCAGAGCUGUCUGGAGAUAUGGAUUUUGUUUCACGCCUGUUGCUUUCGCAUCAUUUAUUGUAAUCUUACCAGGUUACUCGAUGGCUGUUGCGAUUAUUGAAUUGGUAUCAAGACAGUUAGUAAGUGGCGUGGUUCGGAUGGUCUAUGCGAUUAUAUAUUCUUUUCUAUUGGGCUAUGGAAUCGAAAUGGGGUCUGAAUUGUUCGGCACGAUUGAUCCGGAAUCGGUCACCGCGCAAGGUCAAGCACAAGUUUGUGUAGAAGCAUAUACCUCCACGACUUGUGUGACAAUCAUUUCUAAAUGGUUCUACUUCUUAACCGUUCCUCUAUUUGCCAUAUCAUACUGUGUAUAUCUCCGCGCUAGACCACCAAGAUGGCCAGUUAUGAUUUUCGUUGCUGCCUGUGGAUUUAUCACCAAUUACGUCUUGUCAUGUCAUGCCCAUGCACCAAGUCAGGUUUUACAAGUUGUUCCGGCCUUUGUUGUUGGUCUUUUAGGUAACCUGCUGAGUAAAUUUACAGGACAGAUGUCAUUGGAUGCAGUUAUUCUUGGUAUUUUCUAUAUGGUUCCUGGUAGUUUGGGUUUAAAGGCUGCCCUGGGUUUCUUCGGAUCGGCUACUCAAGGUGGUGAAUUUGCAAAUCAGGGUGCAGGGUUUGCGCUCAGUAUGAUUGAAACGUCCAUCGGUAUCACCGUUGGAUUGUUUGUAGCAACUUUAGUCGUAUAUCCUAAAGGUAGUCAACAUACUCCUUUAAUGAAUUUCUAG